UGUUCCAAAACGAGGCUUUAUCAGAGCACGUGUUAAAAACGUUUUCGUUGUUUACAGACCUCCGUGAAGCGAUAAGCAGAGAGGCGCAAACAUCACACCUCAUCCGUUUUGAAUAUUUUGUAGAAGUUUAAAACAAGAAAAAUGACAGAAGAAGUAAACCCUAAAGCCUACCCCUUGGCUGAUCAAGUGUUCACCACGACAAUCUUGGAAUUGUUGCAGCAGUGUGCAAAUUCCAAACAACUCAAGAAAGGGGCCAAUGAAGCCACAAAAACUCUGAAUCGUGGUAUUGCUGAAUUCAUUGUCAUGGCAGCAGAUGCUGAACCCUUGGAAAUUUUGCUUCAUCUUCCACUCUUAUGUGAGGAUAAGAAUGUACCCUAUGUAUUUGUGAGGUCCAAACAAGCCCUGGGUCGAGCAUGUGGAGUGUCGCGGCCAGUCAUUGCAGCUUCUGUAAUUGUCAAUGAGGGCUCCCAGCUAACGACACAGAUCAAUAAGACUAAAUCUAGCAUUGAAAAACUACUGAUCUAGUGACAUCAUCAUCAUCAUCAUCACCAUUGCAGCUGCUGGUGCAGUGCUGUCAUCAUUAUCACUUAUAUAGACAAGGACAGAUAAACUUUCAGUAAAAGUAAAUAUCUGUUUAUUGAGUUGUAGUAAUGAAUGAUAUAUAGAAUUCUUCCUGAAAUGAUCACUGGCUGUAAAAUGUUCAUAAUCAUUGAUGUGUUUUGAUCAGCAGUGUAUUUUAAUGAACUUUGUAUCGGAUGUGAUACAGUUACCAUGGUUUUAUCUGUUUUUGUCGGUUGAAAUUGAUAUACAUUUUGUUACUUUAAGAUGGAAUGUCAUUCCUGCAAUGAGGAAAAUUUCCUCACAAAUUAUAUAUAUAUGAAUAAAACAAAGUCAGUUUCAUAGAA